GACAUUUUCACUUGAGUGGACACAGAAAUUACCACGUCAGGCGCUACUGUUGUAUACAUGUGUGUCUUUAAUAUACAGACACUGGCUCAUCGGUCACUUGUACGUUUAGGCGGUGUUCGGUCACUAGUACUUUUAGGCGGUGUUCGAGUUAUCCUUGACAAUAAAUGGAUAGUGUCAAUAUAGAGGUGGUUGAAGAUGCAAAGAGUCUACCUCCCAAGCAGAGGAACAUGCUGUAUACGGUUGAACAAUGUCCACCUUGGUAUCUGUGCAUACUUUUAGGUUUUCAGCAAUUCCUGACAGCAUUUGGUGCCACAUUCUCCUACCCAAUCCUGAUGGAGACAUAUUUCUGCAUUACCAACGCUGAUGGUGAGGGCGAUAUAGUUGGACAGAGUGAGCUCAUUGGCACAGUGAUCUUUGUGGGUGGCAUUUCCACCCUAAUCCAAACCACAGUCGGUAUCAGACUGCCCAUAGUUCAGAGUUGCAGUUAUUCCUUCAUUCCACCAAUCAUCGCACUGAUGACGACAAAACAGUGGAGCUGCCCAUACACAGACACAUCGUAUAAUCAAACCUUACCAGAAUAUGGCAGCUCGGAUCACAAAGCAAUGUGGCAUGCAAGAAUUUCCGAGGUUUCAGGUGCAUUGCUUGUAGCCUCUGUGUUUCAAGUUGUGAUUGGGUUCAGUGGACUGCUGGGAUUGUUGCUCAGAUUCAUCGGGCCACUGACAAUAGCCCCAACUAUUGCUCUCAUUGGUUUAUCCUUGUUUUCAGCAGCUGCUGAUAAAGCAUCCAAGCAAUGGUGGAUUGCUUUGCUCACGGUUGUUCUGAUAGUUAUUUUUUCUCAGUACUUGAGAAAGGUUAAUGUUCCCUGUUGUCAGUUUGUGAAAGGGGCUGGCUGUAAGAAGAGUCGUAUACCACUAUUCAACCUUUUUCCAGUUUUGAUAGCCAUCUUGGUAGCCUGGCUUAUCUGUGUGGCUUUGACUGCUGGUGGGGCUUUGACUAAUGAUCCAGAUGGGUGGGGAUACAAAGCUAGGACAGACAUCCGAUCUGAUGUUCUACACAAGUCAAGCUGGUUUCGCUUCCCUUACCCAGGCCAGUGGGGCUUACCCACAGUGAGUUUGGCCGGAGUGUUUGGGAUGCUGGCCGGAGUGAUAGCCUCCAUCAUAGAAUCUAUUGGUGAUUACUACGCAUGUGCAAGACUGUCUGGUGCACCGCCACCUCCUGGGAGUGCCAUUAGUCGAGGAAUAGGUACUGAGGGCAUUACAUGUAUCUUGGCUGGUGCAUGGGGUACCGGUGGAGGAAAUACAUCAUACAGUGAAAAUAUUGGUGCUAUUGGAAUCACUAAGGUGGGAAGUCGAGCUGUGAUUCAAGUGGGAGCAAUCAUCAUGAUUAUUCUUGGUUGUUUUGGAAAGUUUGGCGCUCUCUUCCUGACCAUCCCCGAACCCAUCAUCGGCGGAAUGUUCUUUGUGAUGUUCAGCAUGGUAACUGCAGUGGGACUGUCAAACCUGCAACACGUGGACAUGAACUCCUCAAGGAACCUGUUCAUCUUUGGUCUGGCUCUCUUUUCUGGACUCGCCCUCCCUAGAUGGGUGGCCAGCCACCCUGAUGUCAUACAGACAAAUAAUGAUGUUGUGGAUCAGAUAUUAACUGUACUAUUAAGUACCAGCAUGUUAGUGGGAGGAAUAAUCGCACUAGUUUUGGACAACACAAUACCUGGAACUCCUGAAGAACGGGGCAUCUCAAACUGGCAGAAAGUGGACGCGAGCAAAGACUGUAAUGGAUCUGCCGACAUGUCUGUAUACGACCUGCCCUUGGUACAAAGAUUCUUCAACAAGAUGCGGUGUACCAAGUAUGUGCCGGUGUGUCCAACAUUCAUAAAAGAUAAGAGAAGACAGGAAACAUCAGAACCACAGGAACACAAUUCUGAAGGAUCUGAGACUUACAUACGUGCAGGAUUACACAAUCCUGCCACAUCAAAGUCUGUAGGAUUAGACAAUCAUGCUCUAACAGGGUCCGCAGGAUUAGACAAUCCUGCUUUUGUAAAGUCUGAUGUCACACACUUUUAACCCUCUUGAGACCAUAGGCGUACAUUGGGGGGAGGGGAGCAUUUGUCCCAUUUAACACCCAAACCCCCACCCCCAUCUCAUAGGGUUAUGGAUAAACCUGUCCAGACUGAGUUUAGUGUUAGAUUUUAAACUUUUUAAAAGUAUGAUUGCUUUCUUCUUGUUUCACCGGUGUUUCAGAAGAAUCGAAAUCAUUUAUUAGUCAUAAAUUCACAUACAGUUACUGUCAAACAUACUCCAAUUUAAUUUAUUAUAUAAAUGGGGAACAAACCAGGCAGAUUUUCAGGACAUAAUUUUUCUGUAAUAAAGAAAGCCCAAUGAGCCUACCAACAGGGAUCGAUCCUAGAACAACCAUGCAUCAAGCAUGCACUUUACCUCUGGGUUGUGUCCUGCCCUACUCGGGCAAUAUUGACUUCGAGCUAGUUGGUGUUUAACAUUUUGUCAUUUUAACAUUUGCUUGAGAGGAUACCUGCUUCCAAAAAAUAGAUUAUUCCUACUGGAAAAGCAGGACUUUCCUACAGGCAAGACAGUAGCCUACAUGUACAUACUCUAGCCUUUGAAGUGCCAGUAACGGGACACUGGUUGGUAUGGGCAAAAAAAAAAACCAAGUCCAUAGUUCUUUGAUCUAUCACAUUUGAGAUUAGUGCUCUACCUAUGAGCUAUGUGACAUCCCAAUGAUGCAGGAAUUAAGAGCACAUUGAUUAAUUAAUCAUCAGCUAUUGGAUGUCAAGCAUUUGGUAAUUCUGACACAUAAUCAUCAGAGUAAAUCUGCUACAUUUUUCAUAAUGCAGCAAGGGAUCCUUUAUAUGCACUUUCCUACAGACAGGACAGCACAUACCACAGAGUUUGACCAGUUGUGGUACACUGGUUGGAAUGAGAGAAAAAACAAUCAGUUGAAUGGAUCAGGAAUUAAGAAGCCUGAAUUACAUAUUAUACGUUGAUUUUGAUAUUGUGCGUCAUCUUUUUUUAUUUUGUCAAAUUUCCCAUGGUGGCUACAACAGCACCAUCUUCAUGUACACCAGAAAUAAUGGUGUGCUAUCUCAAAUAAUAUUAUGAUUCACCAUGACAUAUAAUUAUAGUUUCAUACGUGACCUCUUCCUGUUGUAACAGUGUGUAUUCAGUCCUAUCUGUUAACAAGAAGAUUUGCACUACAUUUAACAUAGUACAUGUACAAAAGGCAGUGAUACAGAGGAUGUCAUUUUAAAUAUACACUACAAUAAGCCAUUUUGUAAACAUUUUAAAGAACCACCAUUAGCCAAAAUUAAAUUUAAAAUUCCCUCUAUAAAUUUUAAUUUAAAAUUCCCUCAAUAUCCAUAAAUUAGUUAUAAUAUAUACAGUGUAAACCAGACACUCACAGGAUCAAGUAAAAAAUCCUGUUUUAAGGGGUAUUUGCUUUAGGGACUAUAGAAAAUAUCUGGUUUUAAGGGAAUUCCUGUUUACAGAUGGUGUGGGUUUUUUUUAUAUACAAUGUAGUUAACUUAUUAUUUUUGAAAUUUGAAACAAACAACCCCAGAAUUGCAUAAUCACUUCUAAGGUUGUAUAUGUAGAUUUUGAAUUGUAUGUACAGGCCUGUGGGUGUUUCCAUUUUAAUUAAUUAACUUUUGUUAAGAAAUGAACUGAAUACAUAAUGUUUUAUUUCAUAUAUAUUGUAUAGUUUACAAAUGCAAUUACAUAUUUUUAUACAUAGUUUAUACUAAUUGUCCUUUUUUAUAUUGGUUAUAAUAUUCAUAAUGCUAAAACAUAACUGCACUCUAUGUAAGAAUAAUCUGUUAUUUACUCUGUUGUUUUAGUUAUAGUUAGAAACUUUGAUUUUUCAUAUGUACUAUUGUCACAAGACACAUAAUGUAGCUAUAUCAAUGGUUUUUAUAUUAAAUAUUUUACAAAGUUA